AGACAAAAACUGGAGGGGAGAGCAGAGAGGUCUGGCCACCAGGAAAAGCACCGAAAGAGAGAAAUACAGAUCAGUCCCAUCUUCUGUGGCAGGACGAAGAUGGACACGGAGCAGUCCGCGGUCACUUCAGUCAUCGAGGUCAGCAGCAGCAACAGCUCUGCUUUCCCGGGCUUUUGACUCUGCGGGCUCCGCAGGGCCGGUCGGUGGACUCCGCUGCUCGGGACAGGACGGUGCCACUUGGCGGGCUGCAGCAGGCGGAGUGCAGCGCCUUGCAGUGGAACCUCCCCCUGGAGAAUAAAGCAAGAAUAAAGCAUCUGGUAGCUCUGAGUUAAAGGAAGAGACCAACUGGGACAGCAGCAGCGGUUACAGGGCGCAAAAUAUUAUUAGAUAACAGACUCAACAAGGCUUUACACCGAAAUGGGAAAAGAAGUCUUGGUGAUCUUGUAAGAUGUUUCCUCACCACAGAGAAAGGGAGCAGCCGAUCUUCAGCGCACGGGCCCACGUUUUCCAAAUCGACCCCACCACCAAGAGGAACUGGAUACCUGCCAGCAAGCAUGCUGUCACAGUGUCCUUCUUCUACGAUGUUACCCGCAAUGUGUAUCGGAUCAUUAGUGUGGGGGGGACAAAGGCAAUUAUCAACUGCACUGUUACACCCAGCAUGACAUUUACUAAGACGUCCCAGAAGUUUGGUCAGUGGGCCGACAGCCGAGCCAACACUGUCUACGGUCUGGGUUUUGCCACAGAGCAGCAGCUGCAUCAGUUUGCAGAGAAGUUCAAGGAGGUGAAAGAUGCAGCACGUCUGGCACGAGAAAAGUCACAGGACAAAGAACUGGCCAACACUGCGCUCACCAUCGCUGCUCCUCAGUUCUCACAGGACCUCUCGGAUGAACUCCAGUCUCCACCGGUGAUGUGUGUGAAUGGACCGGAGGACAAGCUGUUCCGCAGCCAGAGCGCAGACAUCACCCUGUCUUCUGAGAAGGAGCGCAUUAAAAAGAUGCUCUCUGAGGGAUCUAUUUGUGAGAUGAACCUGGAAGCCGAGCUCUUCACUUUACAGGACAGCAACUCCAAGUUGGUGGCAGCUUUGCAUGAAGCGAAUGCUAAUGUGGAGCAGUGGAAGAAGCAGCUGACGGCAUAUCAGGAGGAGACCGAAAGACUCCGAGAGCAGGUGGCUGAUCUUGAAGCCCAUGGAGGCCAAGGCCCCAGUGAUCUGUUGAAGGAUGAGCACCAGUCCCUGGAGGAGCUGGAGGCCCUGCUGAAGGCCAAAGAUGAGGAAAUUCACAUUCUGCAAAGCAAGAAAGCUGAGUACCAUGAGAUGGAACAUCAGCGGGAAGAGGCCAUUCACAGAUUACGGGAGAUGGAGAUGCGAAACUCAGAGCUGGAUCGUCGCAUCCAGAGCACAGAGCAGAGCCUGAGUAACUCUCUGGAGGAACGGGAUCGCUUGGAUGCUGAGAUCCAGAGGGCCAUAGAAAUUCUGGACAUCAAGAUCUUUGACCUUAAUGACCUCCGCCAGAGCCUUGUUAAACUUAUUGACAAAUAAGAAGGGUGGGUGAAAAAAUGGCAAAGUGCAACCUGUGAGAGAAAUGGAAGAGAUGGCGGGGGCCGUGGCAGGAAGCAGUAAACAAAAUAAGAUGGAGCUGGUCCCCAUCCUCUUCAAGCACAAAACCCACCUCGGCCGCAGGAAGGUUACCCCAUGUCUGUGCCGCAGCAGUGGCAGCAGCAUCAUGCAGGUGCUGACCUGAGCAGCUGCAUGUAAAUGGUAGAGCUUGUCCAAAUCUAAUGUAAUGCUUCAUGUUGCUUUCGAGGGUAACACUCAAUGCAAUAAACCAACCUUUAAGGUAAGUGCUUAACAAUGCUAGUCAUUUAGGAUUUAGAACUGGUGCUUGUGGUUUUUCAUAAGGAUUACCUUUGUACCCAAAAUGGUAAUGCAGUGUCAAUAUGAAUGAUAAGAGGCCUUUUAUUUCAUCUUUACAAUAAAAUGAGUCCAUGCAACUGCAGUGAAUGCUCAAGACAAAAAAAAAAAAGAAACAAAGCAGAGUUUAGUCUAUUUAAGAGCCUGCAUACACCUUAAUUUAUUACUGAUUUAACAGUCCACACAGGUCUCGUAGUUAAAAUAAUCUAGCAGCUAUAAUGUGUAACGUGAAAGACGUAUCUUAGUUUUUCAACAGGAGUAGGCAGUGAUAAAUAUUCAAGGAUACUGAAGGAGUGUGCUUGUAGAUACUAUGGUUAUUCAAGGACACACAACUUGAAUAGACACAGCAUCUGAACAUUGACACCAAAGAUCAAAUGUGAAGAGCAGAGGGAAAAGUGGGGGCUUUUUUCAGUGGCUUGUCUUUGAAUGCAUCUUCAUUUCUUCUAAUAGGAAACCUUUGAUUGGUCAGUAAGCUACUUAAGUACAUGUUAAUAGAUAGGAAAUAUUAAGCAAUUAAAGUUAGCAUAACAAUGGUUUUGAUAUAAGUCAAUAAGCUACAAUUAGGGAGUAACCAUAGGAAAACAAAAUGCAUCACAUAGUCUUAAAGGUAAAUAUAAGUGACUUUUGGACUUGUCCAGUCUGAGUAAUAUGCUGUACAUUAUCUAUUAACAAAGCACUAACUUAGUAAUUUAUUUAUGAUAGCUCCACAUCUUAAGUAACACGUUUCUCUCAUUGGUGUGAUGCAUUUGAAGAAAAGAUGUUCUCUGCCUUCUGUUACUUUUGAGCACAUUACCUUUAGCUGUGGACAGUAUGCCAUAGGCCUUGAGAUUGUGGCUGUACUGUGUGAAUAAUUAAAUACUAAAAAAAAAAAAAAAUACUGAAUGUCUACUUCAGAGUCUUUUUAUCACACAGACUGUAUUGUAUGACAUUUUUAAGCCUUACUGUUCUGAGGAUGAAUGUGAACAGUGAUGCCGGCUCUCUGAGCUGCGUCCUGGUGGUUUGGAAAUAAAA